CUCACCAGGACGACGAGUCUAUCAACGGACGUCGGAAGUGACUGUAUAUAAGAACGUCCGUGGAUUCCCAUUUCCAUCCAUCGUAAAGCACGCACAUCACACAUCGCCGCGAUACUAUAACUACUCUACCUACCACACGACCACACCCUUUAAAGAACCCCCACACCCCCAAGAAACCUCAUAAUGGACGUCAUCAAGAACCUCGGCGGCAAGGACGCCAACACCCAGCAGACCAGCGACCAGUCCGGCGGCGGCCUCCUAGACACGCUCCACGGCGCCGUCGGCGGCGGGCGGCAAAGCGAGAAGAACGAGGACGGCGUUGAUAAAGGCGUCGACUUCGUCCAAGAAAAGUUCAUGGGCGCCGGGCCGCAGGAUAACGAGAGCGCGCUAGAGCAGGCGAAGGAUGAGAAGAUAAGUGAUUUCGUCAGGGGACAGUAUAAGUCGGCUACGGGGAGUGAGGUGCCGAUUAAGGAUAAAUAGGUAGAUGGGGGGUUAGAUCUGGAGUGGCGUGUAUGGAGACGAGGCGGUGAGUCAAUUGGAAAUAAAUCAUUCGAGGAA